GUAAGUGAUGGAAGAUUUUCAGAUGGAUCCGGAGACACAGUUUCUUGCUUCCAAACAGGAGACAGGGUACGAAUGGGAACUCUUCAAGGAAAAUGUAAGGCCUUUAAAGAGAGGCCGUAACAUUCGCCUCUUGAACGACUCCCUCAAAUCACAUACCGACAAUCAACUCAAGAAGUCUCUUCUUGAGACUCGAAGGAAAUUGAUUGAGGCAAUUCAUGAGUAUAAAGGGGAUGAUCCUCUUUCUCCAUGGCUCGGGUGCAUUAAAUGGGUUCAGCAGUCAUUUCCACCAGGUGGAGAUUGCUCUGGACUAAUAGUAAUAUAUGAACAAUGUGUGCGUACGUUUUGGGAUUCAGACCGCUACAAGGAUGAUCUUCGCUACCUCAAAGUCUGGCUUGAAUAUGCUGAAAACUGUAUUGAUGCGGAAGUCAUCUACAAUUUUCUUGAUGCAAAUGAAAUUGGAAAGUCACAUUCUGCAUACUACAUAGCAUACGCUUUACAUAUGGAGGCCAGAUCUAAGAUCAAAGCUGCAAAUGACAUAUUCAAUCUUGGGAUUUCUAGGGAUGCUCAACCAAUAGAAAAACUAAAGGAUGCCUACAAGAAAUUCUUCAUUAGAUCAAUGAGUAGACCAAAAGUUGUGGAGGAGGACACUGGAGAAAAUGAUUUGCCAGCUCGAAGCUUUGGAACUGUGUUGUCCAGUGCACAGAAUAGGAGGCAAAAUACGGGGGAUUAUGAUAUCCACAGGAACAAAUCGAAGCCAGACAGGGCUCAAAGGAGUGCCCUUUCUAUUUAUAAAGAUACAAAUUCAGAUGUCUUGCCGGGACAUCAACCUGGCAAGUCAAAAACAGAUUUCAAUACUUGGCAGAAUCUUGGAGCUCGAGCUGAAAGAAACAAAGAAAAUAAUGCUAUACCUACCAAGUGGACAACUUACAAGGUUCCUCAGAGACCCGGCCCUAGAGCAGGAGCAACAGCAAGUGCAUGCAUUGAAGUAUUUGUUGACGAGGAGUGUGUAGAAUCCGAUAGGUCACAUGGUGAAGGUGGCGGAAAGUCUUCAACUUUGCAGCUGAGAGAUGGCGUAGACAUGAAAAAGGAAACUGAGUUAUUGAGGGAGAACCCAUUACGAAAUUUCCCUUCGAACAGCCUUCCAAGAUGAUUAGUGAAUUGACAAGCACACUUGUCCAAGUGUCCACAAUCACUCUCUCUCUGGCGUGGAUCAGCUUUUAUCUCUGAAGCUGGAUGGAUCUCUGUUGGGAAAUUUAUUUGUCAUUUUGGAUUUUUUUUUUUUUUUUUUAGCUGAAACUACGAUUUAAAACUAUUGAUAUGUGGAGGGUUACCCCAAUGUUUUUAUGUACUCCUUCUAUUCCUAAAGAUGGUCAUUUUUUGAUUA